GGAAGAAACAUGCGGGUUUGGGACGAGAGAAGGCUUCGCAAGACGCCCACACCCGCGUCAAGACCCUUUCAUCUUCCCAAAGCGGGGCUUCAGCCUGCGCGCGGUUACUGCGGGGAGAACCCGCGCGCCCGGGUAACAGCGACAACUGGCGUUUAUCGGGCUCUACUGCGUGCCCGCCAGCCACGCUGUGGUGGGGACGCGGUCGCGCUGCCGCCUCACACCAGCUCUGAGGUGAAAACACCUUUUACGGUGAACUCCAUGAAAACAGGGAUGUAUUUAGUUUACUGUUGUGUGCUCAGCUCCCUGAACAGUGCCCCACAUAUGGUAGAUACUGGCAGCUUGGAAACCGCGACGAAGGACUGCGAGGCCAUUGCGGAUUCGUGAAGACUGUGGUUAGGCAAGGUGGCCGUGUGAGCGGCGCUGCUGGAGGAGCAAAGAUGACUUCCCGCUACGUGGUCGCUGUGUUUGCCCUCAUGAGCUCCUGUGUAGCCACGGCAGGUCCAGAACCCAGCACCCGGUGUGAGCUGUCACCUGUCAAUGCCUCGCAUCCUGUCCAGGCGUUGAUGGAGAGCUUCACCGUCCUGUCAGGCUGCGCCAGCAGAGGCACGACUGCGCUGCCGCAGGAGGUGCACGUUCUCAACCUCCGCACCACGGACCAGGGGCCGGGCCAGCCACAGAGAGAGGUCACUCUGCACCUGAAUCCCAUCUCCUCAGUCCACAUCCACCACAAGCCUGUCGUGUUCCUGCUGAAUUCCCCACAGCCCCUGCUCUGGCAUCUGAAGACAGAGAGACUUGCUCCUGGGGUUGCCCGACUGUUCUUGGUGUCUCCGGGUUCUGAGGUCCAGUUUUCGUCAAGAAACUUCUCCUUGACAGCAGAAACAGAAGAAAGGAACUUCCCCCAUGGAAAUGAAGACCUGUUAAGUUGGGCCCGAAAGGAAUACGGAGCAGUUACCUCCUUCACUGAACUCAAGAUAGCCAGAAACAUUUACAUUAAAGUGGGGGAAGACCAAGUAUUCCCUCCAACAUGCAACAUAGGGAAGAAUUUUCUCUCCCUCAAUUACCUUGCUGAGUACCUUCAGCCCAAAGCAGCAGAAGGCUGUGUGAUGUCAAGCCAGCCCCAGGAUAAGGAGGUGCACAUCAUCGAGUUGAUCACGCCCAACUCUAACCCCUACAGUGCUUUCCAGGUGGAUAUAAUAAUUGACAUAAGACCCUCUCACGAUGAUCCCGAGGUGGUCAAAAAUCUCAUCCUGAUCUUGAAGUGCAAAAAGUCCGUCAACUGGGUGAUCAGAUCUUUUGAUGUUAAGGGAAACCUAAAAGUUAUUGCUCCUAACAGUAUUGGUUUUGGAAAAGAGAGUGAAAGAUCUAUGACCAUGACCAAGUCCAUAAGAGAUGACAUUCCUUCUACCCAAGAGAACCUGGUAAAGUGGGCUUUGGACAAUGGCUACAGUCCAGUAACGUCAUACACAGUAGCCCCUGUGGCUAAUAGGUUUCACCUUCGGCUUGAAAACCAUGAGGAGAUGAGAGAUGAGGAAGUCCAUGCCAUCCCUCCCGAGCUACGCAUCCUGCUGGACCCUGGCACCUUGCCUACCCUGGAAAACCCGCCCUUCCGGGGAGGGGGAGGCCGAAAUGGAGGUCUCCCCUUCCCUUUCCCAGAUAUCUCCAGGAGAGGCCGGAAGGAAGAAGGUGAAGAUAGGGUCCCCAGGCCAAAGGACCGUGUCAUCCCCGGCAUGCAACUCUUUCCCAGUCCUAGAGAGCCGGAAGAGGUGCAAGGGAGCGUGGAUGUGGCUCUGUCAGUCAAAUGUGACAGUGAAAAGCUGACUGUGGCUGUAGGAAAAGAUUCCUUUCAGGCCAACGGCUACUCCGGGAUGGAGCUCACGCUGUUGGAUCCUAGCUGCAAGGCCAAGAUGAAUGGCACCCACUUCAUCUUGGAGUCUCCCCUGAAUGGCUGUGGUACUCGGCACCGGCGCCUAGCCCCUGAUGGUGUGGUUUACUAUAACUCGAUUGUGAUUCAGGUCCCAUCCCCUGGGGAUAGCAGUGGCUGGCCUGAGGGUUAUGAAGACUUGGAAUCAGGUGACAAUGGAUUUCCUGGAGACAUGGAUGAAGGAGAGCCUGCCUUCUCCAGCCGUCCUGAAAUUGUGGUGUUUAAUUGCAGCCUGCGGCAGCUGGGGAACCCCAGUACCUACCAGGACCAGCCCAAUGAGAACAUCACCUUCAACAUGGAGCUGUACAACACCGACCUCUUCCUGGUGCCCUCCCAGGGAGUCUUCUCUGUGGCGGAAAAUGGGCACAUCUAUGUUGAGGUGUCUGUCACCAAGGCUGACCAAGAGCUGGGAUUUGCCAUCCAAACUUGUUUUAUCUCUCCAUAUUCGAACCCGGACAGGCUGUCUGAUUACACCAUCAUUGAGAACAUUUGUCCCAAAGAUGAGUCUGUAAAGUUCUACAGUCCCAAGAGGGUGCACUUUCCCAUCCUGCAAGCCGAGAUUGACAAGAAGCGGUUCAGCUUUGUCUUUAAGUCCGUGUUCAACACCUCGCUGCUGUUUCUCCAGUGCGAGCUGACGUUGUGUACCAAGAGGGAGAAAGACCCCCAGAGACUGCCAAAGUGCGUGUCCCCGGAUGAAGCCUGCACCUCUCUGGACGCCUCCAUGAUCUGGGCCAUGAUGCAGAAUAAGAAGACGUUCACCAAGCCCCUGGCUGUCAUCCACCAGGCAGGAGACACCAGAGAAAAAGGUCCAAGCAUUAAGGAACCGAAUCCAGUUUCUCCACCCAUUUUCCAUGGUCUGGACACCCUAACCGUGAUGGGCAUUGCAUUUGCAGCAUUUGUGAUCGGAGCACUCCUGACGGGGGCCUUGUGGUACAUCUAUUCGCACACAGGAGAAACAGCGGGAAGGCAGCAAGUCCCCACAUCCCCGCCGGCCUCAGAAAACAGCAGUGCGGCCCACAGUAUCGGCAGCACGCAGAGUACCCCGUGCUCCAGCAGCAGCACGGCCUAGCCCAGCCCAGCCACUGCCAAGGGCAAGGCCGGACGCGUCCAGACUCGGAAGGCUUGAUGCUGGUUCCCUUGUAAAGAGAGAGUGGAGUUCAGUAUAAAGAUCACCUUUUGUAUUCACAGCCCCACUCCCACCCCACCGUGGCCCCUGGACUUGUGUCAUACACUAGCGUCUGCAUGAGAAAGCUAAGGUGGUGGCCUGCUCCACCAGCCCGCCCAGGCUGGGGGGCUUUCAAUGUGAAACACAUCCCAGUUUUUAAAAUGCUGCUUUGUCCAGGUGAGAGCAUCCACACUCAAGGAGGUGGUCAAGGAUAAUGGCCAGACAGCGGAACCAGCGAGGAGACGCGGCGGAAGUCUCUUCUCUCUGAACCGGGAUGUAAAGCUACAGAAACACUUCACGCCUUGUGGCGUGCUCCUCCCUGUCUAGUUGGCCCCCUCGUCUGGCUGCGCACUUCCGGCCCGACUCUGCCACUUCCCGUGGGGACUGAUGUGUGGGCUUGCAAGGUGCUGCCCUUGGGGACUGCAUCCUGCCACACAUCAGGGCGACAUUCCUUUCUGGUGCCCUGGGCCAAAACCAAUGCUGAUGACCUUAUCAGCUUCCUGUUCUGCCCACACUCGCACACACCGACUGCAAAAAUGUCUUCAUGCAAAGUUUGUAUCUCUUCUAGGCAUAUAGACAUUGAAAAUGGUCGAAAUCUGGAACUGCAGAUGUAUGGCCAUUUCUGACACUUUGUAUUGAUAAAUUCGUGCUUCAAUUGGGGCGAAAUUCAAUCGUAAGGCUAAGGAGGAAUUUGCACAGUGAUGCGUGCGGAUGUGCAGGCAAGUACAAACACAUAACGUGUCAUGUUCUAGCACAUUUGUUUUCUUCAUUGAGGAAGGGCAAGUUUCCCUUUUGAAAAUGUCCUAAGCUUCCAGUUGGAACUUAUUAAGUUAUAUUUGGUAAAAUGAGUGUUUCUACUCAAAACAUGUCAAACUUUUUCAAAGGCCGUUUUGUAAAAAGCCAAAUUGGUAUGAGAUGCAAAUGUAUGGCAGGUCCUCUUGGAUUCCUGUCCCUUCCAUGAAUAGUGUCACCACUUCUACCAAGGCAGUGCCGAGACAGGGAAAAGAACACUCAUUUGGAUUGCUUAGUUCUCUUGCCUUAAAUAUAUAUCCCAAACUCAAAGAAGAGUGGAGGUGAAUUUGAUUAAAUGAUGCCACUUUGCAGCUAAAAUAAGCUCAGUGAUACCUCUAUGUUAAAAAAAAAAUGCCAGAGUGAAGUUUCCCUGCCAGGUCAUUUAUUGCUCAGAGAUAGCUUUAGCACAAAUUAAUUAUUUUUCCAGAAUUCUCCUCCAAAAUUCUGUACGUACAAUUUAGAUUCUACCCCCAUAAAAUUCAUAUCACAUCUCACUGCCCUCAAUAUAAGGAUGUCAUGAUGGAACCUUAAGUAGGAAAUGUUGAUGAAAUGCAGAACCUUAGGGCAGUGUCUACAUGGCAAAGAAGUAAAUGGAGAUGGACAGGCAUUGAGAAAUAAUUGUUGCCACUCAUUGAGUAAUAAGCUGAUUGAUUUGAUGGCUGUAGACAUUAAAUCAGGAUAAUUUUAACCAGAUUAUUUUAGUGCUGAGUUAUCCAGGCUAUCUGAGCUGAUAUAUUGAAUUAUUUUCAGAUGAUAACAAACAAUUGAAGAAGACAUGAGGUUAGAGGAAUUUUUUCUUUCAGUUCAUGUUUUUUUUAAUGUAAAGGUAUCAUUGGAGGAUGUAGGUUACGCUACCUGUGUUUGAAAUGCGCUUUGCCUAACCUUCAGCAGAAUGUAUUGUUUUAGCAUAUUCUAUGUAUAAAAAAGUUUAAAGAUGUCUUCAAAGAAGACGAGUCUUUAAGUCACUUAUAGCUAUAUUUUACUACAAAAAUUUGUGUAUAAAGAUAUAUUUAAAUGUUUUAGAUAAAUUUAAGUUACUCCAUAUGAAAUGUCUAAUUUCAGUUACUGUGAAAACUUUGGAUCAGUUCUUUGCUUUUUUUUUUUUUUUAAAAAAAAAACACCUUUUCAUCUUGUUAAAAAAAGAAAAUUAGCUAUUAGGAGGUAUUAAAAGAUUGAUUUCUUAGAUGGACAGAGUUAAUAACUUCUGUAAUAUAUUUAAAUGUAUAUUUUUGAGAGAGAUGCUACAUUACCAAUUUUAUAAAUAAUUUAAAAUUAAUUUACAAAUUUAUAGAUGCAAACCAAAAGAUUUUUAAAAGAGAGAGAGAGGAAAAAGUAACUUUUUAUUUGUUUGGGUUUCAUUAUCAGAAGCAUUACUCAGAUCCAGAAGUCCACGUCGACAAAACAUGAUCCCAUACUGGAGAGUAAGUGUUGUUGAGUAUUUCUGAAAUGUUUCUAAAAAAUGGACAUAAAAUGCAGGAUGGUUUCUCCCUAGCUUGUUACAGCAUUCCUGAUUGCUUCAUUCUUCACAGUUUCAAUAUAAAGGACAAGCUCUACGUUUAUAACAUGUUCUGCAGGUUUCUGUAACAGUUCUGUUGCAGCUGCACUCUGUCCCAAAGCCCUGUCACUUUUGCAGGAUUCACCCUUCCUUCACAGAGGCCAUUGUGUUCCAUUUGAUGCAGGAACUGUUGUUGAAACUCCAAGGCAGAUUGUCUGUGUCAGAUCCUAUAGCUCUUCACUAUGUUCUGUUUACCAGCUCUUACUGGGUUUCCAAAAGUCAGAGAGCUUUCUUCUGUCUAAGCAAACAGAAAUGGUCUUUUCGUUGGCUCAUAAGAAGAUUGUAAAUCCAUUUCCUGUGUGUGUUCUUAGCAGGCAUGAUCGUGAGUGUGUGUGGGCUGCGCACACGCGUGCCAGUCUUUUUGUACUGUAACUACCUCAUGGUUUGAGUGAUGAUUGUACUGCUGGUUGUGUUAACAGAGCACAUUUUGUUGGGUGAGUUGUGUGUGUGAUUUUUCUUCUGUUUGUUUUGUCUAGGGGUUGUUCAUGAAACUGACAGAUGUUUUUCUAAAAAGUACUAUUAUCAGUUUCCAAAUACAAUACUUCUCUCUUCUGGUUUUUCCUGAAUGAGCCUGAUUUGAUUGCUGUUUUUCAUUUUCUAUGAGGGUAAAAAGAGUACCCUUAAAAUCCCUGUGGCCAGUUUGAACACCCCAGUUGUAUUCUUUCCUCUGUUCAAUGUGUCAGCAAUUUUGUGAACAUGCUUAGAUGUAUAGUUUUGAUAACCACAGUUUUAAGUCUUUUAUCUGUGCAUAAUAAAAAGAUAUAUAUCAGUGA